AUGCUGCCCCUGCUCGCCGCGCUCCUGGCCGCCGCCUGCCCGCUGCCGCCCGCCCGCGGCGGCGCCACGGACGCGCCGGGCCUCCUCGGGGCGCCCGCCAACGCCUCGACCAACGCGUCGUCCGCCGGGGAGCCCGCCGCCCCGCGCCUUCUUGCCUCGGCGGCCCCCGGGCACCCGGAGCGCGCAGGUCCGGAGGAGGCGCCGGCGGCCGCGCCGUGCAACAUCAGCGUACAGCGGCAGAUGCUGAGCUCGCUGCUCGUGCGCUGGGGCCGCCCGCGGGGCCUCCAGUGCGACCUGCUGCUCUUCUCCACCAACGCGCACGGCCGCGCCUUCUUCGCCGCCGCCUUCCACCGCGUCGGGCCGCCGCUGCUCAUCGAGCACCUGGGGCUGGCGGCCGGCGGCGCGCAGCAGGACCUGCGCCUCUGCGUGGGCUGCGGCUGGGUGCGCGGCCGCCGGCCCGGCCGCCUCCGGCCCGCCGCGCCCGGUCCCGGCCCCAGCGCCGGGACGCCCUCCGCGCUGCCAGCCUACCCCGCGGCCGAGCCGCCGCCGGGGCCGCUGUGGCUGCAGGGCGAGCCGCUGCAUUUCUGCUGCCUGGACUUCAGCCUGGAGGAGCUGCAGGGCGAGUCGGGCUGGCGGCUGAACCGCAAGCCCAUUGAGUCCACGCUGGUGGCCUGCUUCAUGACCCUGGUCAUCGUCGUGUGGAGCGUGGCCGCCCUCAUCUGGCCGGUGCCCAUCAUCGCCGGCUUCCUGCCCAACGGCAUGGAGCAGCGCCGGACGGCCGCCAGCGCGCCCGCCGCCGCCCCCGCCGCCGUGCCCGCGGGCACCACCGCCGCGGCCGCCGCCGCUGCUGCCGCCGCCGCCGCCGCGGCCGUCACCUCGGGGGCGGCGACCAAGUGACCGCCGCGGCCGCGCGCCGGCCGGGGACUCCGUGCCGUAGUUGUCCUUCGUUCUUCUUCCCGGGAGGGGGCCGCCGGGGAGGCCCCCGCGCGGUGGGAAAGCGCGGAUUGUGUGGGGCUGCUCGCUCCUACCGAAAAGCAGGUGCGAGCCGCGAGGCGCGAGGGCGGGAUCCGCGACUCCCGGGGCUGAGCGCAGAGAAGCGGGGGCCCUGCCCCCUCCCAGUGUCGCACCCCCUGCCCGCCUCCACGCGCUCCCUGAUUCCUGGCAGAAAAUGACCAAAUCCUGUGUAUUUGUUUUAUAUAUUUAAUAACUGUUUUAAAUGAAAGUUUUAGUAAAAAAAAAUCACAAAACAAAAAGAUUAUAUCACUAUUGCUGUAGUACAGGAGCUCUUUGUAUCCGGACGCGGUUGUAUUUGAGGUUUGUUGUUUUCUAAUUUAUUUUAAGGGGAGGGGGCGGGGCGUGGGAAGGAUUUCACGUCGCUGCAAACGGACUCAGAAACCUUCCAAGCCGCUCUCCAGUGACGUGGCCUGCUGGGCGUUUCUUCUUGUACUUCUGUGGAUUUUUUGGCUUUUAAUACAGACGUUUUCCU